AUGGAAGACGAUGUGAAUCAGAUUACUACCUCAGUUGAAAAUACUAGUAUUUCUUUUCCAAGUGUCAUCAAUCUCAAUGUUGGAGGAUGUCUAUUUGCCACUCGCCUGUCAACACUCACAAAGUAUUCUGACUCUAUGCUCGCGGUUAUGUUUAGUGGAAGACAUGAGGUGGAUAAGGACUGUAAUGGGAAUUUUUUCAUCGAUCGUGAUGGAACAUAUUUUAAUCACAUUCUUAACUUCCUUCGACAUGAAGAUUUGCCACCGGCUGAAAAUGCAGAGAAAGUUAUGCAUGAUGCCAUGUAUUAUGGAAUUGAUUCUCUGGUAGAAAUCCUGAAAAACACCCCAACUUUGUUCACUGAAUAUGUGGUAAGAGAAAACAUUAGAAAAAAACUUACGGAAUACGAUAUAUUAAAAUACGAUAUUAUCUCUAUGGCACGAGAACAGGCAAUACAAAAUAGUGCUUUAGUGUCCAAAGUAUUGCUAGUAUCAACGAAAAACCAACCCAUUCCUACUGACUUGCGUUUCUCAAAGCAAGUCCACAAACAGUUUUUCAAAAGAUUCAAGGCUUAUCCGACUUUUGAGUCAUGUUAUGGGAAGUUUUGUGUUCAUUUUCCAGCCGAGUAUGUGGACGGCCAUCCAGAGUAUGUAAUGGACUUGAUUGCAGGAUGCCUGAUGCACGACUUCAAGAAAGAUGGCUACAGAGGGCAUUACAAGUCUGAGAGUGUGAUGGACGAAGAUGGCAAGAUCAAAACAAUUACAUGGGGCGAUGAGGAGUUCCAUGUAUCGACUAGCUGUCAUGAAUUCACAUUUGAAUGGAUAGAUUCCGAUUUGGUUACGUGUACAGUAUCAAGACAUGUUUAAAACUGACUGCAGCUUUUAUAAGUUAGCUCAAUUAUGAGGUUUAAAAUAUACAAAAGUUUUUGUUUAAUGACACCACUAGAGCACAUUGAUUUAAUAAUCAUAGACUAUUGGAUGUCAAUCAUUUGGUAAUUUUUUCAUGUAGUCUUAGAGAGGAAACUUGC